CUGAUACAAAUGUCAAAUAAUUACAAUUACAUUGCAGAUUUAACCAAGUAUUCUUGUCUAAAUGCAUUUUACAUUUUAACAUAAAACAUUCAACAUACGUAUUCGUCACUUGUAAUAAUUAAUAAUUAUUAUACUGUACGUUUUAUUGUGUCGUUCGUUUUUUACGAUGGAAGUCAUAAUAUAAAAAAUAUCUGCAGUUUACAGUUCACGAACACAUGUUUGUCUACAUUUUGGUUAUUGGAUGAAGUAAAAAUUGAGAUAUUCGCAAGUUGACGAUUGUAAUGUACCUAUAAACAUAGUACAUUUAUGUCAAUAAUUUAUAUUUUUAACAACUUAAAAAUUAUAAAUUUACAGCUUCAGACGCCACGAUAAAUUAUUAAUUUAUAUCAAUUGGGAUUUUGUUACCCUAAAGAAAAUUGCAGUAUACUGUUGCUGAUGAAUUCAAUGCUUGGUAUUGAAGUAUAAUUAUUAUAGAAAUUGUAUAUUAGCAUAUUAUGCUUUUAUCAUUUAUUAUAUUUAUAUAAGUUUCCAGACGCCAACAAAAAUAUAGUAUUAGAAUAUGGCAACCUAUUCAGUAGUUCACUUUUAUGGUGAUGACUCUGUAGAACCUGUACCCAGUUUUUGGUUCACAAAGAAUGGAACUUGUGCGUGGCCAAAAAACAGAGCUUUGAUUAAGAAAUUUGUACAACUUAAAACUAUUCCUAAUGAAAUUGAAUUUGAUUACCAUGAAGCAAGAAUUCUUAAAAAAAAUAUCAAAUCAUUUGGAGAAGCUAAUAAUUUGGCAGAAAAAGGGUGUAAUCAAAGUGACCUGUCAGAUAUUGGUGAAUUAAAGUCUAAGAGAAAAUUAAAAGUAAAAACCAAUAACCAGUCAUAUUCAGAUUGUCCCGAGUAUUCAGAUUCUGAUGAUGAAAAAUUCAAUAAAAGUAAUAAGUCUGAUCGUACAUUAAAAUAUGCAGGUUGGUCUCCUUCUCCAAAAAAGUUGAAAAUGCUGAAAAAUCAACAAAGACCAUCGAUAGUUAAACAGCUGUCUUAUGACAUACCAUCAAAUUUGACUGAUAAGUAUAAGAAUGAUGUACCAACAUUUAAUUUAAACUAUUAUGAUAAAAUUAAUAGUAAUGAAGAAAUCAUUGAAAUUCAAUUAGAAUCUUCUGAUGUUCAUCUUGAUGAAAGAAGUUCAGAAGUAUGUAUCAGAACACCUAAACUAUUAGACAUAUCUACAGAAGCUGUUAAAAAUAGUACACCACUAGGCACAGAUUAUCAAAAAGAAACUUUACAUAUGUUGACAUUUAUCAAACAUGAAUUAAGACGUAUCAUAAACAAUCAAAGGGAUAUGGCUCAAAGACUUGAUUUUAUUGAAAUACGUUUAAAUAGCAUGCCAACAAAAGAUUCUUCUAUGAAUGGGAUAUCCUCAUCAUUAUUAAAUGAUAUGACUUGUCCGUUACCCAUCGAUAAUAUGGCAGAUCUUGAUACAUUGGAAAAUAAUAUUUUGGGAGAAGGUACAUUCCGCAUAAACUUGGUGAAUGAACUAUCUUAUAUUGGUGGAAAAAAUGUUAAAUCGAUGGUAAAAAGGCUUAUGGCUAAGUUAUUUAAAGAUGAGUUACUGAAAGACUUCUCUUAUACAGGGAAAAAAGGAAAACAGAAAUUUUCAAAUUUAGCAACUUGUUCAGUAAUAUUUGAUGCCAUCAAAACUCAAGAAAAGUUUAAACACAGUACUCAAAAUGAAAUGGAAGAUAUUAUUAAGUAUGUACUUGCUCAAGCUCCAUUUAAUUUGAAGAGGCAAAUUGAAAAAAAAAACUAACCUUUAUAUUUUUUAUCAUCCAUACUAAUUCUUUUAUUUAAAGCUGUAUCAAUUUUUUUUUAAUCCAAGUUGGAAUA